AUGCAUACCAAGCCUAAGCCUACUAAGUCUAAGCCUACUAAGCUUAAGGAUACUAAGCCUAAGCCUACUAAGCCUAAGCCUACCAAGCCUAAGCCUACUAAGUCUAAGCCUACUAAGCUUAAGGAUACUAAGCCUAAGCCUACUAAGCCUAAGCCUACUAAGCCUAAGCCUACCAAGCCUAAGCCUACUAAGUCUAAGCCUACUAAGCUUAAGGAUACUAAGUCUAAGCCUACUAAGCCUAAGCCUACUAAGCCUAAGCCUACUAAGCCUAAGCCUACUAAGCCUAAGCCUACUAAGCCUAAGCCUACUAAGCCUAAGCCUACUAAGCCUAAGCCUACUAAGCCUAAGCCUACUAAGCCUAAGCCUACUAAGCCUAAGCCUACUAAGCCUAAGCCUACUAAGCCUAAGCCUACUAAGCCUAAGCUUACUAAGCCUAAGCCUACUAAGCCUAAGCCUACUAAGCCUAAGCCUACUAAGCCUAAGCCUACUAAGCCUAAGCCUACUAAGCCUAAGCCUACUAAGCCUAAGCCUACUAAGCCUAAGCCUACUAAGCCUAAGCCUACUAAGCCUAAGCCUACUAAGCCUAAGCCUACUAAGCCUAAGCCUACUAAGCCUAAGCCUACUAAGCCUAAGCCUACUAAGCCUAAGCCUACUAAGCCUAAGCCUACUAAGCCUAAGCCUACUAAGCCUAAGCCUACUAAGCCUAAGCCUACUAAGCCUAAGCCUACUAAGCCUAAGCUUACUAAGCCUAAGCCUACUAAGCCUAAGCCUACUAAGCCUAAGCCUACUAAGCCUAAGCCUACUAAGCCUAAGCCUACUAAGCCUAAGCCUACUAAGCCUAAGCCUACUAAGCCUAAGCCUACUAAGCCUAAGCCUACUAAGCCUAAGCCUACUAAGCCUAAGCCUACUAAGCCUAAGCCUACUAAGCCUAAGCCUACUAAGCCUAAGCCUACUAAGCCUAAGCCUACUAAGCCUAAGCCUACUAAGCCUAAGCCUACUAAGCCUAAGCCUACUAAGCCUAAGCCUACUAAGCCUAAGCCUACUAAGCCUAAGCCUACUAAAGCGUAA